AUGGGCCACGCCUGCUGGGAGUUGUUCGGUCUGGAGCACGGCAUUCGGCCGGACGGUCUGUACGCUGAGGGCUGCCACGCCUGCGAUCAUUCCUUCCUCACCUUCUACAACGAGACAGGCCACGGCAAAUUUGUGCCGCGGGCCGUGCUUGUCGACCUGGAGCCGACUGUUAUCGACGAAAUUCGAACCGGGUAUUACCGCAUGCUGUUCCACCCGGACUGUCUGAUCAGCGGUAAAGAGGACGCAGCGAACAACUUCGCACGAGGGUACUACACCGUGGGAGAACUGCUUAUCAAUCAUGCCCUUGACCAAGUCCGUAAGGUGGCCGACACGUGCCAUGGGUUGCAGGGAUUUAUCAUCUUCCACUCACUAGGCGGUGGAUCGGGGUCAGGGUUCGGCUCCCUUCUGAUCCAGCGCCUCUCAGAGGACUACGGCAAGCGCACCAAGAUCGAGCUCUCCGUCUACCCGGCUCCCCGACUCGCCUGUGCCGUGGUGGAGCCUUACAACGCAGUUCUAACCACCCACUACUGCAUCGAGCACUCCGAGGUGUGCUUCCUCAUGGACAACGAGGCCGUGUGGGACGUCAUCUCCUCGCUGACAGCGGCGCUGCGAUUCGACGGCCAACUCAACGGCGACCUCACCGAGUUCCAGACGAACUUAGUCCCCUAUCCUAGGAUCCACUUUCCCCUGGUCACCUUCGCGCCGGUUGUCGCCGCGGAAAAGGCCUACCACGAGUCGAACACGGUGGAUCAAAUAACCAAGGCGUGCUUCGAGCCGGCGAACUCGUUCGUCAAAGUGGACCCACGCCACGGCAAGUACAUGUCCGUGUGCCUGCUCUACCGCGGCGAUGUGGACCCGGCGAGCGUCAAUACCGCCACGUCGACCAUCAAGUCGUUCAGCUCGAUUCGCUUCGUGGACUGGUGUCCCACGGGCUUCAAGGUGGACAUCAACAGCCAGCCAACCGUCGCAGUGCCGGGCGGCGACCUGGCUAGAGUCAUGCGAACGUGUUGCAUGCUCGCGAACACCACGGCCAUCGGCGAGGCGUUUGUGCGCAUCGACAGGAAGUUCGACCUGAUGUUCAAGAAGCACGCCUUCGUCCACUGGUACGUCGGGGAGGGCCUUGAGGAGGAGUCCUUCAUCAACGCGCGACAGGACCUCGCCGCCCUGGAGCAGGACUACGAGGAGGUCGGCUACGACACCAAGGAUUGA